GAGACCAGAAGGAAAGGAGAUACGCCUUACUCUAGCUACGGUGGCCUGAAAGGAGUGGGGAAGGCGGUGCAAUAGAAUAUAUUUCUGGGACUCACAAUUGUGAUGUCUUUCAAGAGAGAGGGGGACGAUUGGAGUCAACUCAAUGUGCUCAAAAAGCGAAGAGUCGGGGACCUGCUGGCCAGUUAUAUACCAGAGGAUGAGGCGCUGAUGCUACGGGAUGGACGCUUUGCUUGUGCCAUCUGUCCCCACCGACCUGUACUGGACACCCUGACCAUGCUGACUGCCCAUCGUGCAGGCAAGAAACAUUUGUCCAGCCUGCAGCUUUUCUAUGGCAAGAAGCAGCCAGGAAAGGGAAUGGAGCAGAAUCCAAGACAGCAGAAUGAAUUGGAGAGGGAAGAGACCAAAGGAGAGGCUCCUCUGUUAACUCAGACUCGACUUAUCACUCAGAAUGCUCUGCACAGAGCUCCUCACUAUAACAGUUGCUGUCGUGGGAAGUACAGACUGGAAGCCCCUCGUCCCUCUGUCUCGCCUUCCCCUUUGCCACCCCCAGCGGUUGAACUCCAAAGUGGGAAGACCAGUGGGGACCCUGAGCCUGCGGCUGGCCCACAGGCUAAGGAGUCAGUAACUGUCUCAACCUCUGCACCUAUGAGCCCUAGGAGAAGACGAGCCCUGGAUCAUUACCUGACCCUUCGAAGCUCUGGAUGGAUUCCAGAUGGACGAGGUCGAUGGGUAAAAGAUGAGAAUGUUGAAUUUGACUCUGAUGAAGAUGAACCUCCUGAUCUCCCCUUGGACUGACACCCUCUUUCCUCAUUUAAUUCACAAAUAAACUACAGCAGGCGCUG